CCAGAUGUCAGUUACCAAUAACAGCUAUUAAUGUUACAUUGCUUGCUUAGCAAUGCAAUUUCCUUUAAGCUUUCCUUUCAAGGAAGUGAAACUACUUCACUGUAAUUUUUGCACUUUGAGUUGCCAAAGUGAAAUAGAGCAAUUCAGGCUGAAAAAAAAGGUAAUUCAGAAGAAAAGGCUUUUAUGAGAUUGUCACAGAGAGAGGAUGAAAAAACUUUAAAUCUAUAUCCGAUUCUGAUGCUAUUUUAGGGGAGUAUAUUAGGCUACUAUGAUAACGUAUUGGUGUUAAAUUUAAUUAACAAGCUACCAGUCCAGUCUUCACCGCGUACACAUUGUGACUAUACCUGAAACAUGACUUUGGCAUCACUAUCUCAGUAAAAGCUGUAAUUCUACUUGUUGAUGAACAUGGCCACAGAUAUCUUCAAUUCCAAAAACUUGGCCAUUCAGGCCCAGAAGAAGAUCCUUGGCAAAAUGGUAUCCAAAUCAAUAGCGACUACCUUGAUAGACGACACCAGCAGUGAUGUUUUAGAUGAGCUCUACAGAGUGACAAGGGAAUAUACUCAAAACAAGAAAGAAGCAGAAAAGAUCAUUAAAAAUCUCAUCAAAACAGUCCUCAAAUUGGCAAUCCUCUACAGGAAUAACCAGUUUAAUCAGGAUGAAAUAGCACUGAUGGAGAAGUUUAAGAAGAAGGUUCAUCAGCUGGCUAAAACCGUGGUCAGUUUUCAUCAGGUGGAUUAUACCUUUGACAGGAUUUUUUUAUCCAAAUUGUUGAAUGAUUGUAGAGAGAUACUUCAUCAAAUCAUCCAACGCCAUCUAACAGCAAAAUCACACGGACGUGUCAACAACGUGUUUGAUCAUUUCUCUGAUUGUGAAUUUUUGGCUGCCUUAUACAAUCCCUUUGGACCUUAUAAGCCCCACUUGGAGAAACUCUGUGAUGGUGUCAACAAAAUGCUAGAUGACGGAAACAUAUAAGUACUCGCAUUAAGCAUGACUGCUCAUGUGUAAUUUGUAGAAAGAGCACUGCUGAUUUAUGAAGGAAUAAGGGACCAUACAAAAGUAGGGUUUUUUUUUUUAAUAUAACAGAUGCUUCAGAAAAAUCUUUACCAAACUGUAUAUUAUGAGCCGUCUAUUGCUAUUCCCAGUCCACCUGGAAUAAAGACUUAGAACAAUUCUGUUUUUAGUGUGCUUUGUCCAAGGAAACUGCUAGAUAAAGGUUAUGAAACAGAGCUGCUCAAGUAGAGGAAGACUCUUGUGAAAUAGAUGAUAAAAUGAAAUUAUAUGUAGUCAAACCAUCCAACUAUGUAAUUCUACAUUUAAUAUUUAUAAAUCAUCAGAAGGCUAUUUUUUGUAUCAGACUAGCAUGGUGAUGGUACAUUCUGUAAUUUCUUUAACUCACAUGUUAAAAAAGAAUAUAUAUUUUGAUGCAUUUAUAUUCACAUGUGCUCUAUGUAUAUGUGUAGAUAACAGCUUCCUUGUGCAGCUUUUAUGAACAGUUCAGUUUUACAGUUGUGAUAUCGCUGAUACUUUUGUGCAGCAUUUGAACUGCAUUGUUAAUCUGCAAUCCAGUAAUGAAAAUCAGUUCUGUUUGAAAACCUACCAAGUGACCCUUGCAGAUCAACUUUGAUGCCUGUUAAGUUUGAUUAUUCCAGGAACAGUAAACUACAAUAAUUCAGCCUGGCUUGGAAAAUGCAUUCUACAAACUGAAUAGUGUGUGAUAGAAAAAAGCACCUAUGAUUCGGUUUCAGAAUUUUAAAACUCCAUGUGCAAUUAAAAGAUGAAAUGCAGUAAGUGAGCUGAGAACGCUCAUUAAUUAACAUGGGAGUCCUGCUACUAUAUGCAUCCUUUUCUGAAACGUAAGGGUCAAUGUAUUUCUGCACAUCAAGAUAAUGUAUGUGGUAAUGUGAAUUUAGAUAACAUAAGCAUCUGAAGGCUAAAAAAAUUCCACACCAGUUUGCUUUGUAUAUAGUGAGCUUACGUUGUUGGGUUACAUAUAGUAACAACUUUUUAACAAAUAGAGAAAUGGCAAUUACAAUACCACAGAUUAAAUAAAAAAAUUUGUAUCUAGUUCUUUUCACUGAUACAAAAAAUGUGACUCUCCAAACACUAUAAUGUGCUAAAACAUUUCAAACACCCGAGGAAUUUUUGUGGGGAAGCUUAUAAAAAACUUUGCAAUGUAUUUAAUUGCCAAUUUUUUUGCUGUUUGAUAUGUCUUCUAUUUUAUGAGUAAACCAAAGAAUGUUUGCACUCCA